UGAUAGAGCAAACUAACCUGUAUUUGGUUGCCAGGCGUUUCUAACGAUCUUAUGCAACAAUCCAUGGGCAACAAUCCAUAUGCAGAGCGCAUCCUCCAUCGGCAGAAUUCCUUGCUACAAGAUGUGAUGGCCACCAAGAUGGCCAAUUUGAGAGAAGGUUGAAUACACUCAAAAAGACAGGUGCCACAAGGGCGAAGACUCCAUGUUACCUUUAGGUUGGGUCUAGCAUGCUUCCAAACAUCAACCAUAGGAGGAGAGAGGUGAGUCUCCAUCUUCUCCUGGUGAACAUCUGCAGGUAUCAAGUUAAGGAGAAACCACAUGUUGAACUAGGAUAGGCGUUGGCCUGACUCAACAAACCGAUUCCUAGAUUUCCUGAACUUCCAACAAGAACAAUAAUGUGGGCCAUUAUCUUGGACAGCUUUUAACUAGAGAUGGGAUAAAUUCAUGAAGGACAAGUCCAUUGAGUGCCAUCAGCCGUGAAGACUCCAUGUUACGUCUAGGUUGAGGGCCUCGUAUUUCCAAAUAUCAACUGUAGAAGACCAACUGUGGAAGAGACGUGGGUCUCCAUCUCCUGCUUGAGAACUUCCCAGAAGCCUCUAUGAGAAAGCAAAUGCGGCACCACGCUGGACCUUGACUUUUUCCACCUAAGGCUAGUCUUCUGAGGCAGACCCCAAAAGUGGACAGGUUCUUCAAAGGACGUUUGGUCAUCUCCGUGGUUACAAGAAUGCUCCGGAACAGGGUUCUAGGUCUUGCAGGCCACCGCUUGGGAAACGAUCCGUGUCAACACAAUCCGUUGCCUUGGCCACUGGACUGCUGCCUUAGUUCCCAUUUUCCUGGGCGCCUCUCUAACUUUUGGCCCAGGAUUUUGGACAUUUCUGCAAAGCAAGUUUCUCUCCUUCUCUCUCUCUCUCUCUGUCAAAUGGCCUUCCCUUUUCUUUAUUCCUGGUGGCAUUCUUUUGACAAGGGGCAGAUGCCCUCUGCCCCCCGCAAGGACAUCCCCUGUGAGGAAGAGGAAGAGGAAGAUGAGGAGGUUUGCUGGUUCCUGGGAGAAAUGCUGCUUUUUUACUGUUUGGCCGUCAUCUUUCUAAAACUCGGCUCCCUUGGGGCGAAGAGGUUUUUCCUCAGACAACCUUGUGGAACGCUGACCUGCAACUGGAAGGCCCAUUCAAAAGGGGGCCAAGGGUGCAGCUGCCAGUGUCACUGCAAGAUCACCCUCUGUGGUCUGUUCAGGAAGAUCUUUGGGGGGAAAGGAAACCCGGAGGCCGGGGAACCCCCAGUCUCGCCCCCCAUCAAAAAACGCCUGAAGAAGCGUCUCUCCCUGCUCAGCCAGCAGACUUUCUGCGACAGCGAUUCCUCGGGCACCGGCAGCCCGGAUUCCCAGUUAUCCUCCUGGAAGUGGAGCCAGACGGGCGACAGUGUCAGCCUGGCCAGCCGGAAGAAGAAGCAGCAGCGGACGGCCAAGACCCCCCGGGACCCCGAUUCCUCCUGGAUGAGGCAACAGCCCUGCAUGCGUUGCAAAGCGAAGCGGACGCGCGAAUGGCUGGUGCAGCACUUUUACAACAAAGAUUUACCCUUGCAAAGCAAGAAAAACUGAGGCCUGGUCAAAGAGGCUUUUUGGGGAUCCCCGUGCUGGCCAAGCCACUUUGGGGGGCACUUUUAGGUGGGCCGGUGGGCCUGCUGGGCUGGAGCCCCGGAUGACUCGUAUCAAUAAAAGAUAGCGAUGCAUUGUAAGUAAUGGUGGUGUUUUUCACAUGGCUGUAAAAGUGUAGAUUGGUUAAAGGACAUUAGGGUUCCCCAAACUUGGCAACUUUAAGACUUGUGGACUUCAACUCCCAGAAUUCCCCAGCCAGACAGACAGGAAGAUGUGAAGACUUCAACUCCCAGAAUUCCCCAGCCAGACAGACAGGAAGAUGUGAGGACUUCAACUCCCAGAAUCCCUCAGCAGGCUAGACAGGAAGCUGUG